UCAACUACUACAGGGAAAAGUUUCCCUAUAUAGUUUACAUAUCUGAACCAAAAUCAAAACCAUAGCUUUUCUCGUACAAUCCAAUUGAUGGCAAAAACAACGCGCAUAGCUGUUGUUACAAGUCCUGGCUUGACCCACCUAGUUCCAAUACUUGAGUUCUCCAAAAGAUUCUUGGAGCUUCACCCAAAUUUUCAUGUCACUUGCAUGAUUCCCUCACUUGGGCCACACCCAGAUUCAACCAAAUCCUACCUUCAAACUCUUCCUUCAAACAUUCACUCCAUCCUUCUCCCUUCAAUCAACAAACAAGACUUACCCCAAGGAGCAUACCCAGGAGUUCUUAUUCAAAAAACCGUUACCCGCUCUCUCCCAUCAAUUCGUGAGACCCUUAAAUCCCUCACCUUAAGGGAACCACUUGCAGCUUUGAUCGCAGAUGCUUACGCCUUCGAAGCACUUUCAUUUGCUAAGGAGUUCAAUUUCUUGUCCUACAUUUACUUCCCUUCUGCAGUUAUGGCUCUCUCAUUGUGUUUGCAUUUGCCAAAACUUGAUGAGCAAGUUACCGGUGAGUACAAAGACCUAAAACAUCCUAUCUAUUUACCCGGUUGUGUACCAGUUUUCGGGCGUGAUCUUCCAUUUCCAAUGCAAAAUCGAUCCAGUGAUGCUUACAAACUCUAUCUAGAACGUUCCAAAGGAUUCAGUAAUGGAAACGGAUUCAUAAUCAACAGCUUCUUGGAAUUGGAAUCAGCUGCUAUGAAAGCACUUGCAAAGGAGAAAAGUUGCUUCAGCUUUUAUGCUGUUGGACCAAUUACACAAAAAAGGUCAUCAAGCAAUGAUGGUGAUGAGGAAUUAGAGUGUUUAAGAUGGUUGGAUAAACAGCCACAUAGUUCUGUUUUGUAUGUUUCUUUCGGAAGCGGCGGAACACUCUCUCAGAGCGCAAUCAAUGAGCUAGCUUUGGGUUUGGAAUUGAGUGGUCAAAGAUUUUUAUGGGUUCUUAGAGCACCAAGUGAUUCACCUAGUGCUGCUUACUUAGACAACCAAAAGAAGGAGGAUCCUUUGAAAUUUUUACCAAGUGGGUUUCUAGAAAGAACCAAAGAGAAAGGUUUGGUUUUGCCAUCAUGGGCACCCCAAGUACAAAUCCUUAGUCACGAUUCAGUUGGUGGGUUUUUGAGUCAUUGUGGUUGGAACUCGGUGUUGGAAAGUGUGCAAGUGGGAGUUCCAAUAAUCACAUGGCCACUCUUUGCAGAGCAGAGGAUGAAUGCUGUGUUGUUAGUUGAUGGACUCAAAGUGGCGGUGAGGCCGAAUGUUGGAGAAGAUGGUGUUGUUGAAAAGGAGGAAAUUUCAAAGGUGAUAAAGUGUCUAAUGGAGCAGGAUGAAGGUAAAGCAAUGCGCAAAAGAAUGGAGGAUUUGAAAGCUUAUGCUGCUGAUGCAGUGAAGAAAGAUGCUGGUUCUUCAACUCAUGCGUUAUCACAAUUGGCUACUAAGUGGGAAAAUUUUAGUGGGAUUGAGGAUAAUAAUUAAAGGUGGAAAGUCAUAUCGACUUAACGUGAAAUUGAUAUUUGAAAAUUAGAUGAUUUGAUGAUUUGACUAAAUUUUCAUCUAAUAGCUCUCAAAUAUCAAUUUUAUGUGAAAUCAACUUUACCUGAGUUUUCAUCAAAAGUGAAAAUUAAUAAGAGAAAAGGCCAAAUAAAUCUUUGACAUUUUGAUUUUUAAAAUCUCAACAACUUAAAUUUUUGCAGAUCAAGAACCUAUUUCUCUUGUUUUUUUUAAAUUAAUAAAGCCUUCUAUGAGUCUGUUGAUGUGCAUGUUAUACAUUGUUUAAUAUGGGCCAGCCAUAUGGUUUUUUUCUCUGAUUUUUUUUUUUGUAAUGGACUGAUAUUGAUGUCAGUAAUAAUAUUUAGCUUGCUUUGACACGUUGCCCACA